AUGGAAUGGAACCUCAGAACGAUGGAAAGUGAACUGAGGCAGAUCAACCCGGACUUGCUGCAGCCCAGCAAGAGCUUUAAGAAGCCCUCCUCAGGUACUAUUACCCUCAACGUGGGGGGCUUCCUCUAUGCAGCCCACAGAACCACCCUCGUCAAGCAUCAGGGCUCCCUUCUGGAAGAGCUGGCCAGCGGUAAGAAGCCUGUGCAGCACACUGACUCCAUGGGCAACCCUUUCAUCGACAGAGAUGGCCCGGUUUUCCGCCAUGUACUGAACUACCUCCGCACUGGGGACCUCCAGCUGCCCGACGACUUCAGGGAGGCAGGGCUGCUCCGAAGGGAGGCAGAGUUCUACCGUCUGAGUGAUCUGGUGGAGGCUGUAGCUGAGUGGGAUGGGCAGAGGGCAGCCCAGCGAGAGCCCGCCUUCCUAGAGGUAACAGACAGCCAUGAGAGAUCACAUGGCCUCAAGGUGUACUGCAGUGACCCCAACUUCAUCGACAAAGUUAAAGGGCGACUGGUACAGAUUUCUAAGAGUCGUCUGGAUGGCUUUCCAGAGGAGUUUGAGGUGUCAUCCAACAUGAUCCAGUUUCGUCAUUUCAUCAAGUCAGAACCGGGCUCAAGGCUAGUCUUGAAAGAGGACAGCACCUUCUUGUGCACACUUGACUGUUUGAAACUAGAAACUGUGAUGCUAGCUCUAAGAGGAGGCUUCAAGCUGAUCACCAGCCUUGACAGCAGUAAAGGGUCAGUGGUGGCUGCUGAGGCCUUGCACUUCGUCAAGUAG